AUGUCGAGCAAACACGCAAACCACACAGCAGCCGACGAGACCAGCCCGCUCAUCAAUGGCGGUGCCUCGUCGGCUCACGAUACAACCAGCCGUCGCAAUGGCAACGGCAACGGCCAUGUCACUCUCAGCCGAGACUCGAGUACUAUGACUUUCCUCUUCGACUCGAAGCAUACCCCUGGCAUCCACAACCAGAACAUUGCCAUCAGGAGCCUGGCUUAUUCGUGGCACAUCGCCAAGGUCACUCUUCUCAGCAACUAUGUCAACUUUCUUCUGGUCAUGGUGCCUCUUGGCAUCAUCGCUGGUAAGAUGGGUUGGAAUUCCACUGCCGUCUUCACCAUUAACUUUUUCGCCAUUAUCCCGCUCGCCGCUGUCCUCUCGUUUGCGACAGAAGAGUUCUCUCUAAAGCUCGGCGACACCCUGGGUGGCCUGCUGAAUGCUACUUUCGGAAACGCCGUUGAACUGAUUGUCAGCAUUGUUGCUCUUCAGCGAAACGAAAUCGAGCUUGUCCAGGCCUCAAUGCUUGGCAGCAUCCUCUCAAACCUUCUUCUUGUCAUGGGAAUGUGUUUCUUGUUUGGCGGCAUCAUUCAUCGAGGCGAGUCUGGCAACGGAAGAGAACAGGUCUUCUCCUCAGCCACUGCCCAGACAACUUGCUCUCUUAUGACUCUGUCCUCGGCCUCGCUUGUCAUUCCAGCUGCUCUAUAUGCUGUUUUGGAUCAGAGUGGCUCCAAGGAAAAGGCACAGAGCAUUCUCACCUUGUCCCGUGGUACCGCCAUCAUUCUGCUUUUGCUUUAUGUUCUUUAUCUUGUUUUCCAGCUCCGUACACACAGCAACCUGUUCGAUGCCGAGAACCCACAGGAAGACGAGGAAGGCGAGCCGGAGGAGCCCACUAUUGGCCCUGUUGCUGCCAUUGCUGUUUUGGUCGUCACUACCGUCUUGGUCACUGUCUGUGCCGACUAUCUGGUUGACAGCAUUGAUGAUCUUGUCACUACUUCGGGAAUCAGCCGUGGAUUUAUUGGUCUGAUCUUGAUUCCCAUUGUUGGAAACGCCGCCGAGCACGUCACAGCUGUUGUCGUUGCCGUCCGUGACAAGAUGGAUCUUGCUAUGGGCGUUGCCAUCGGUUCAUCUAUCCAGAUUGCUCUUUUGGUCACCCCCUUCCUCGUCAUUGUCGGCUGGAUCAUUGGAGCCGAGAUGACCCUUCACUUUGAAACCUUCCAAACUGUGGCAUUUGCCGUUUCUGUCCUUGUUGUGACUUAUACGGUCCAGGAUGGCAAGUCGAACUAUCUCGAGGGUGCUAUGCUUAUGGGUCUCUAUAUUAUCAUUGCCUUGGCCUUCUACGCCACCCCAACUGAUGUUAUGGACCCUGGCAACUAA